AUGGAGCUGGACAGUGCACAGAUGUCCCUGCUGGUUCUGCUGGCCAAGCUGACACUUCGAGCUCAAACCUUGAUGUUCUCGCAGGUCAAGGCUGCCAUACACCACCAGGAAGCGGCGCUCACUUCACAGGACUCCUCCCACCCGAACUGGGCCCUGUCCUUCUCCACGCUGGCAGCCCCGGCAGGCCCCAACAUCUGCACCCUCAGCCUAUGCCCCCCUGAGUACAGCUCAGGAGCAUGUGACCUCCGCAUGGUGGGAGCUGAGGCUCUUCUGAAGGCCCUGGUGGACGAUACUGAGGAUGUGUCCCUGGAUUUUGGCAACGAAGAGGAACUGGCGUUUCGGAAAGCCAAGAUCAGGCACCCGGUGGCCACGUUUUUCCACCUGUUUUUCCGAGUGAGUGCCACCAUCACCUAUGUGGGCUGUGACUGGUUCAGCAGAAGCUUCGUGGGCUGUUUUGUCACCGUGCUUCUCCUCCUGUCCUUCGACUUCUGGUCUGUGAAGAAUGUAACCGGACGACUCCUGGUGGGCCUUCGCUGGUGGAACCAGAUCGACGAAGAUGGGAAAAGCCACUGGAUUUUUGAAGCCAGAAAGGUCUCUCCAAAUACCGUGGCUGCCACAGAGGCGGAAGCUCGGGUCUUCUGGCUCGGCCUCAUCAUCUGCCCCAUGAUUUGGAUCGUGUUCUUUUUUAGCUCCUUAUUUUCCUUGAAGCUCAAGUGGCUGGCCCUUGUGAUAGCUGGGAUUUCUCUCCAAGCCGCUAACCUGUACGGCUACGUCCUUUGUAAGAUGGGAGGCGAGAGUGACAUCAGCAAAGUCACAGCCAGUUUUCUGUCCCAGACGGUGCUCCAGACGGCCUGUCCAAGAAACUUCCAGAAGCCUGGCCUUGAGGGGCUGGAGAUUCACAAGUAUUAG